AUGGAGGCACUUGGAGUAGAUCAUCAAUGUCCCUCAGAGGGCUCUAGCAUCUCUGCCACAUCAGAGGGAACUCCAUCCAAAGAUGGGGAAAGGGCAAAGAAGGUGAAGAUGAAAGGAGAAGUUAGUGAAGAAAAGAGGAAAACCGAAUCGGGUUCGAGCCUUUUGCUUGAUCUAAGGCUCUCCAAUGAUGAUUCCAAGCUGGACCUCAACCUCUGCAACUCUCUCAGAGCGGCUUCUUCACCGGAGAGGACAGUGAUGGUACGCGAAAAACAACCAGAGAGGAGGGUUUUCUCCUGCAACUUCUGCAAAAGAGAGUUCUCCACUUCACAAGCAUUGGGUGGACAUCAAAACGCUCAUAAACAAGAGCGGGCAAUAGCGAAAAGGCGACAAGGGAUGGAUAUGCCAGGCUUUGGACAUCCACACUUUCACUAUAAUUAUCCCUAUUCAAGCAUCCCACCAGUCCCAUUAUAUGGCUCUUUCAAUAGGUCACUUGGGGUGAGGAUGGACUCUAUGAUUCAUAAGCCUCCGUACCCAUGGACACCACAGCCGCCCCCGCCCCCGCCUGGAUACCGAUUUGGCCAUGGCGGGUGGCUGAGGCCUAACAUGAUGAGCCCACAAUCAGCUUUUGAACAUAGAAUAAUGAGAAAGGAGGAUUUUCAUAUGCAUGGUGGUGGUGUAUUUGGAGCUUCUACAGGACCUUCCUCUAGGUUUGAGGAAAGUGAUGGUGCAAUUUCAAGCCUUGGAGUUUCCAAUUCAAAUGGUGAUGACCCCAGUAUUGUGGCCGACAAGGCAAGUGGAGGUGAUGAUCUUUGGCAAGGGGGCCAUAAGGACAGUGAUCAACCAGGAGGGCCAAAUCUGGAUUUAUCUCUCAAGCUUUGA